ACAAUGUAGAAAAUAGUACAAAUAAAGAACCCUUGAAUGAGUAGGUGUGUCAAAUGUUGACUGGUAGUGUGUGUGGUAUUUACAUUGUACCAUGGGCACAUUUGAUCUAGUAAACCUUUUUUAAUGAUAGGCAUAAUAUAACUUUGAUUUAUCAUGAUUUAUWUGAAAUACAUUUAUUGUGGMGCUUGGUGAUGGUUUCCAGUUUUAUUGGUUAAAUUGAUUUGUGCUAAAUACAUAAAAUAAAAACCUUUAAUGUAGUUGUCAAUACUCCUGCAUUUGAAUAUUUGUACCAAUAAAUCAUAUGUGUACUGGUAUACUGCCACGUAGACAUGCAUUAACUUGCAUCGUAUUGCCUAAUAUAACUAUUUAAUUGUAUUCAUUUUACCAUGCUUUCCUUGCGGYCGUUGUCUCCAAUUUUUUUGGGGCAACCCCUAUUGCGCACCUGGUUGAAUGUCGUAGUUAAGUUGGUCUCCCUCGUUUGCAUUUGGUGGAGUUUAGACUGAACUACAGUGAAGGAAACGAUCAAUAGUAUAGAAAACCUCAUCAAUCUCUUAUUUCAAAUCCACACAGUCAAAACUUCAAUAUUUAUUUUCACAACGUUAACAUCUUUGAUUCGCGCCGGUGUAUUGGGCACGAGGUACCAUGGACAAUGCUUUUGACAACCUGGAUGCUGUCGGCUUCCUACAAAUUUGGCAACAUUUCGAUGUUGAUGAUAAUGGUUAUAUUGAAGGAAAGGAAUUGGACGACUUUUUUCGACACAUGAUGAAGAAACUUGGGAUGAGUGAUGAAAUAACAGAUGACAAAAUUAGAAGAGUGAAAGAAAGGUUCAUGUCAGCUUAUGACACCACAGCGGAUGGUCGCCUGCAAAUCCAAGAGUUGGCCACCAUGAUGCUACCGGAGGAGGAGAACUUCCUCCUACUGUUCCGCAGAGAAACACCAUUGGACAACAGUGUGGAGUUCAUGAGGAUCUGGAGAAACUAUGAUGCUGACAGCAGUGGAUACAUAUCAGCUAUAGAGCUCAAGGGUUUCCUGCAGGACCUGUUCCUCCAGCACAAGAAGACCAUCUCCCCCAACAAACUGGAGGAGUACACCGACACCUUGAUGAAGAUGUUUAACAAAAACAAUGAUGGCAGGCUGGAUUUGAAUGACCUAGCCAGAAUCCUUGCUCUGAAAGAGAACUUCUUGCUGAAGUUUGACAUGAAUGCUUGCAGUCAAGAAGACCGGAAGAGGGACUUUGAGAAGAUAUUUGCCCACUAUGAUGUUAGUAAGACGGGUGCUUUGGAGGGUCCGGAGGUGGAUGGCUUUGUCAAAGACAUGAUGGAACUGGUCACGCCUACCAUUAGUGGAACGGACCUGGACAAGUUCCGCAAGGUCCUGCUGGGCCACUGUGACAUGAACGGUGAUGGAAAGAUCCAGAAGAAUGAACUGGCCCUGUGCCUCGGCCUGAAAUACUCCAGUUAAUAGUACUAAUUACCCUAGUUAGCACCACAGGCUAACCGCUAACUCAUUGAUAGCAUGCCGCAAUGCAAUAGCUCAUAGCUUUUAGACAACCAAAGAGCAUUGCAUGAUGGUUGGUUGGUUGAAAGGAAGUUGUUGCAUAGAGUAGACCCAUUGGGGCUUUUGGGGAAUUUGUUUUGUGAUCCUUCAUUUUGUUUGACUGUAUCUGUUGAUGACAAUUCUGAGUACCUUUGAGAACGUUGUGUGUGUGUGAACUAUUUUGUAUGCACGUUGCAUACGCCUGCCUAUAACUUGCAAAAAUAUAGUGGUGAUAUAAGUAUUUUGGGAUUUAAGUUGUUUUGGGAUAUUUGUGGGUUGUAUUGAUUUAAUUACCAUGAUGGCUGCAUUUACUUGUCAGAACUGUGUUGUUUUUUAUGUGCAAAAAAUAUGGUGAAAAUAAGUGCCAUUUAAUGGUUUGACAUUUCACCUCCUACUUUAAAUGGUAUUUGUAGAGAAUGUACUAUCAAAGUAAAUAUGUAAUACAAUGUAACAUGUAAUGCA